CUGCCCCACUCUGGGGCCUGGCUGCCCACUCCCUGCCCUCGUGGGGCCUCUGCUGCAUUUCUGUCGCUGCCCCUGUCCCGUGUCCUCGUCCUCCAUAUCUGUCUGUGUUGUACCCCGCAGUCCUCUGCACCUUUCUCUUCCCUGCUCUCCGGUGCCCACCUCUCCGUGUGUCUCUGUCUGCAUCACCAUCUGUCUGAGAUGGAGGGUCCUGGCCCGCGUCUUUUUCUCCGUCUCUGUCUCUAUUCCCCACCCCCGGGUGUGUGUUCCUGUUUCUGUGCACAGGGAUCCGUGUGCGUCUCCGUGUUUUCCUGCACUCUGCCUCAACUUUGUUCCUCCUCCCUGUCCCUCAGUGUGUGCCCUUUCCUGUGGGAGUGACAUUUGUGUGGUGUGUGGCUGAGAAGUGAUCCCCAAGCCUAUGCACUGAGCUCCACUCCCAGCUCUUUCUUAUUCUUUGCUUUGAGACUGGAUCUCACUAAGUCACUAAGCUCCCCAGGCAGGCUGGGUUUGAAAUUGCGGCCCUCCAGCCUCAGCCUCCCAGAGUGCUGGGAUGACAGCCACACCAGCCUGUGACUUGCUGUGUAUCUGUAUGUAUUCAGCGUGUGUCUGUGCGCUGCUGUCCUCUCCCCCCCACGGCGGGCCUGUCCGGCGGAUGUGUGAGGGAUGAUUCAGUGGUGACAGGAAGCUGCCGCCUUGCUGACUGCCCUCCAGAGGCAGCUGCGCCGGCGCUCAAGCAGGUGCCGGGCAUGGGGCGGCUGCAGUGAGGAGCCCAACUCAGGUGGGGACACUGAGGACAUGGGCAACGAGACUGAGCUGCUAUGGCCGGGGGCUGCGCUGCUGCUGCUGCUACUGGGGGCUGUGGCCGGGCUGUGUGUGCGCUGCUCCCGCCCAGGGGCAAAGAGGACGGAGAAAAUCUAUGAGCAGAGAAAUCUGCAAGAGAAUCAGCAGAGCUUCUCAGUGGCUUCUCGGACCUAUUCCUUGGUCAGGCAGGCGUGGCCAGGACCCCGAAUGGACAUGGCCCCUGACGCGGCCCCAACAGGGACGGUGAGUGUGGGUGACCUGGUGGGCAAAGGCCAGGCUGUGGGAUGGCCUGUGAGGAGUGCAGAGGGGACCACGCAGGCCUUUCUUCCAGAACCCGAGUUUGCCCGGUACCAGAAUUUCAGCAAAGGGAGCAGGCGCGAGUCGGAUGCCUACAUAGACCCCAUUGUCAUGGAGUAUUACAACUGGGGGUGCUCCUGGAAGCCCCCCGAAGAUGAGGACGACACCAACUCCUAUGAGAACGUGCUCCUCUGUGGGCCACGGAGCAGGAACACAGAGUCAGGUGGAGAGGACUCCGAGGACUAUCAGAACUCAGUAUCCAUCCACCAAUGGCACAAGUCCAUGCAGGCUCAGGAGCAAGUCCCCAGAGCAGCACAUCUGUCCCCAGCGGGGAGCCCGGAUGAGGACGAGGGAGAGCCAGACUACGUGAACGGGGAUGUGGCAGCCAGGGAAGCCUAGGGGAGACUGGAAUUGAGGAGCAGCGGCUGAGGCCAACCCUUUCCUGGUGACAAACCUGCACUGAAGAGGCCAACACCUGGCCGAAGGGAACCACUGGACUUGUGGAUGGUUCUGCUGUGCCUGCACUCUCCUCCUCAGCCUGUGUGGUUACUCCUUGAAGGGGCCCAGCAUCCUGGGGACCAGCUGGCUGGCCAUGGAACAGCCUGGGAAAGACACUCACUGGUGGCAUCAUCCCAACUGUGCCCUCUGCCCCAGCCUGGGCUUCCUUGGGGCAGGACAAGUGCCUAGUGUCACCUGGCCUCCACUGUGAUGGGACACCCAGAAUCCAGGGCAAGCUGCCAUCUCCAAACCUGUCCUGUAAAACGCUGUCGAACACCGGGCUUCCUGUUUGUCUGUUUUGGAUUCCCAACUGCUUACCGCGCUGGCUCCUGGGCAGCUGUACACACCGGCCAUGUUGUGCAGGGGACUUGCACGGUGAGGCCUACUGAACCCUCAGCCUCUGAGCUGCCCGCAGCAUACCACUUGGGGCUCUCCUGGGUUUGGGCGAAGAAAUGAAGCCAAGCCAUGGUGAUGUCUCUGAUGCAAACAUCAUUUGCUGGGGACAAAAGUGCCUUACGGGUUAGAGCCGAGGUGCUCCAGGUGCUCGGCCUAGUGGCUAAGGGCUGCUGGGCUAAGCUGAAAGGUGACUGAGGCACAGGCUGCCAGUGUCUGCAGGGCAGGGGGUAGGGGAGAAAGAGCUGGGGAGAGAGAGCCCUCCACCCGGAUAAAGGCUCCUCAUAAACCAUGUCAGCCAGGGAGCAGGGACAGCCUUGUUUCCCUGUCCCUGCUCAGAUACAGCCCUUCCAAAGGACCAAGUCUCCCGCUGAACAGUAAGGUCCCCAAGGCCUAGAGAAGGCUGUGGACAGCUUUGUUUUCCAGCAUAGGGUUGAACCCAGGGCCUCUGCACUGAGCUACAGCCCAGCCCAUUGUGGUUGUGUUAUCAGACAGAAUCUUACUAUAUAGCCCAGGUGGCCUUGAAUUCAUAGUAAUCCUCCUGUCUCAGCCUUCUAAGUGCUGAGAUUUACAGGCAUGCACCACCAUACCUGGCCCAGUAUGUGCCUUUUGAGACAGAGUCUCACUAAGUUGCCCAGACUGGGCUUGAACAUCCUUCUGCCAUGAUCUCCCAGACCACUGGUGGCCCUGUGCCACCAUACUUGACCUGACAUGUUCUUGGGUCUGUGUCCACCCCUCUCCCUAGAAUGCCAUGUGAUUCUUCCCCUGGGAGAAAUUAAUGUUACCAGUCAGGAAAUAAAAUACCUAGAACCACCCAGCCUUUGUACAGAGGCCUGGCUGGAGGUGCAGGGGCCAUGUGGCCUCUAAUGCUGGAGAACGUGUCAGGCGUCACAGUCUCUGCUGUCAGGUGUCACCAGCCAUGGGAACCAGAAGCCUCACUUGCUGGUGACCAUCCUGUGCCUCUCAGGGGUUAGAAGGCUUCCUCGUGGCUGUGGUGUGAAGUGACACCUGAGGCCUUUGAAUUAUUCACUUCCCCAACCCUGCCCUGAAACCCAACCUGGAGGGCCGGAAACCUCAGACCCUUCCUGUCUAUGGGCCAGACCGUAUCCCCACCCACUGUGGUCUGCGCUAGUGACACAGCUGGGGAGAGGGCCAGCAGAGCGUGAGUACCACAUGCCCUGUCCUCCCCACUGCCCAGGCCUGUGUGUACUUGGCCACCUGUGACCACAGCUGGGCUCCAGGUCGCUGCCUGCUGCAUCUGAUGCGGUAGGGCUUGCACAGCUUUACCUGGGUGGCCUUGGUCUGGGAGCCUGCAGGGCACACAAAGGCCUCUUUUCUUUUUUUUUAGCACAGAGGUUUUUGCUCUGAGCUACAUCCCCAGUCCUCAUCUCCUUUUUUAUUAUUUAUUUAUUUACUUAAGAACAGGAAAAUUUAUUGGAGGAUAGGAAUAGGGCACAGGAAUAGCUCCUGAGAGACAGGAGGGGGUCCCAUUGGGACCCCCUCAUGCUCUCAAUAAGUUGCUCAGUUCCCCAGGUUGAGCUCAAAUUUGCAAUUGUCCUGCCUCUGCCUCAAGGAGUAUUUGGCUUACAGGUAUACAAUGCCACACUAGGCUCCCAAGAACCUUUCAGUUUCCACAUGAGGGGCCAGGGUGCAGCUCGGUGGCAGAGCACUUGCCUAACAUGGGAGGGUACUGGGUUCCAUCCCCAGCACCUCAAAAAACCCCUCAAGCCCCAAUGCCCUCAGCAAAAGCACUAGUCAUGGAAGCAAAACCAUCACUGUAAAUAAAACUGGCAUUUGCUUUAGAA